AUGGGUGUUCUAAAGCGCAUAUAUGUGGGUAAUAUUCAGAAACAGUUUGAUUCAUGUAUUGAAGAACUGUAUGGGCGAUUUCAGAGAUUCGGACGAUGUUUAGAUGGGCGAUUCGAGUGUCACGACAAUUUCGCAUUCAUAAACAUGGAAUUUACGGAAGAUAGCCGAUUUGGCGGUUUAAAAGCAAGCUUUAACGGUGUAAAGUUCAAGGGAAAUAUCUUGAGGGUUGAAGAGGCCAAGUUGGAUUGGCAGGCAAGGUGGAGAAUCGACCAAUCAAGUGAUAAAUCCAAGGAAGACUUCAAAAAGAGGGAAUGGGAAUAUUACAAGAAGAUAGAAAACAUCAAUAGAAGUUGGACCGAUAGGAUGGAAGUGAUACAAGGAAGAAUGCGGAAAACCGAGCGUAACAAAGCUCAAUUGAGAAACAUAACCUUCAGGAUAAGUAAAGAAGGCAGACUGAAAGUGUACAAGUGCUACAAGAACAAGCUUUGGGGCUAUGAAAGGAAUAAGCCUCUCAGAGACUUGGUGGCCAAAUUCAGUAAUAAGUACUGGAAAGAUGGGAACAAUCACAUUGUUGAUAAAUUGGACUUUAGCCGGUCCAGUGCCCCUUUCAAAACUCGCGCUGUAAAAGCGCAUGUCUCUGAGGUAGAAGAUGGAAAGUGUUCCAGUGGUGAUGAGGGGAAUGACAAUGUCGAUAACAUUUUGAAUAGUGUUUUGAAUACUUUCGACUUCGACAAUCCUAUAAACUUGGAGCAUGACGAUGAUGCCGAAGACUCUGCAUCAUCUGAUUACGAAUACACUGGAAUCUUCAAGGAAGGGGACACAAACGACAACCAAGCUUGUGAUGCAAAUGAAUCCAAAAAGGUGAACAGGAAGGCUGAUCAGGCUCCCGAGACCGAUGAAGACCAUGAUUUAGCGUUCACACCCAAUUUCAAGGAUGAGCGCAUAAAUUUUGAUGAACAAUCACAACCUCAAGCUACGAUUAAUGACACAGAGACUUUAAGGGGACUUUUCAACCCUGAAGGUCCUUCCGAAGGAUUUAAAUUAAUUGAGGAGUCCGAUGAGGACAUAGAUCAUGCAAACGACGAGAAGAUAAACAAUCAAAGUGAAAUGGUAGCCCCACACGCAUACGAUGCCACCCUAGAAGUGAGAGACCAUCGAACUGGGUGGGGUUUAUUUUUUCCUCACUUUGAUUCCCCGUUCCUGCACGCUCAAUCGCAGAUCGCUAAGCUCACGAACAACAGCGCGGAUCCCACAGAGCUAUUUGACAAUUGGGAAGAGCAAUUUUGGGACAAGAGAGCUGCGUGGACCAAAGAGAUGAAAGGUAGAAAGCGCGACGCGAUCAGGUUAAUGAGAAAGAAAGGCGGAGGGAGGAAGGCUAGAAUUCUACUAUAA